UAAUUGAAAGCAGGCGACUACGACGACGCGUCCGGUGAGCCCCGACGUGAAAUCCGCCGCGCAUCGGGCCCCACCUCCUCGGGCCUCACUGGCUGCCCCGCCCCCGCUCCCUUUUGUACUCGCUCUUUUUGCAAUUUUUCCGCCUUCUCGUUUGGUCGUCUCCCCACUAUCACUCAGCUCGAGCUGCUUCGAGCUCCCCAGACCCCAUCUCUCGUCAGCGGAGCGCGCCAGGGCUAGGGAAGCCCGGAUGGCCGCGGCCCCCGCCGCCGCUUUGGCUGCCGAGCCCUUCUCGAUACGGGGUUUUGCCGCGAGGAUGCGGGCCGUGGACGCGGCCAAGUUCUACCCGUUCGGCGGCGGAUGCAGGGAGGGGGAGCCGCCGCCGCAGCUCCCGCCGAUGGGGCUGCCGCCGCGGUCCCGAUGGUGGCCGCACGAGCUCGCGGCGGAGCGGGCCCGUCUCUCGGCAGGCGCCAGGGGCAGAGAGGCUGCCGCAGGCGGUGUCGAGGGUGGCGGUCUGCGGAAGGGGACCAAGAGGAAGGGAUCUCGCUCGAGUGCCGCAGCCGAUAGGGCCAAGAAACGGCUACGCGCGCUCCAGUUUAGGUCCCUUUUGAAGAACAAGGAGAAAACUUCUAAGCCUCAGUCAACAUCUCGUUUACAUCUGCACAUGCUGCAUAUGGGAUUGUUGAGAAAACAUAGAAGUUCUUCUAUUCAUACAACGAGAGAAUUUGCACCAAGAAAGAAAUUGGACAAGGCGCGGGUGCCAAUUCAUGAAAACAGCAUGAUUAAACAGAGCAGAGGAAGAAUGGGCCCCUCUAAUGACAUGCACAGUAGCCUUUUCGGGAGUAAAGAAGCAAAUUCUGUUGUAAAUAAGCGAAGCACAAUAGUCAGUGAGUCAACUAAUUAUCCUGUAAGUACUGGCUGUGAAGUGGUGAAACAUGCCGCAGGAUCCAAGGAUGAUAUUUUUGGAGAUCUCCCUCUCUUGGAAAGCUCCAAUAUUAUGUUUCGGACCGGAGUUGAUGAACCUCCGACUGUUCUAGAAGGAUCUUUUAUAACAAAUCAAAGUGAAGCAGAUGCUAUAACAGAAACUGUACCCUUGAAACUGAUUCAUGCUUCUGACAUCACUGCACAUACACCAUCUCCUCUUGAAGACUUGAUGAAAAAUGAAGGAACUCCUGACAAAGAACCAACAUGCAUCUCUCACAAUGAUGCAGCUAGGAGUCACCCUUCCACUGCUGGGAUCGAUGGUCAGCCAAAUCAUAAAAGCAUCAGCGCGGUGAAACCAUGUCUUGGUGAUACACAGCUGAAAUAUACUGGUGGGUCUGCUUUAAGUUCUUAUUCUGACCUGAGGUCAAAAUGUGGUUCUAGCAAUCCUCCACAGGGUUGUUUUGAUACGAACACAAACUGCUCUCAGGAAAUUAAGAAACAUGAUACAAGUUCUGCUACAAGUCCACCUGCCAUGAGAAUCAGAACUGAAGCAACUAAAUAUAAAGAUGCAUCGGUUAAUGGCAAGAAGAGUACUGAUAUCUCUGGUCCGGUGGUCACACCCAAGAACCAUCUUUCAUCUCAAGGCACUGUAUUGCCGUAUGCAGUAUCACAAGGGGUUUUCAACACAAGAACCAAUGCAGAUGACAUGUUUUCAUGCAGAAGUAUGCCUGCCAAGGAAUUCAAACCAGCUUCCAGACCUUCUGGUAACUUUACAAGUAAUGUGUGCCAUGAAAGUAGGAAACAUGUGGAUGCUGUGCCAUUAUCAACAGAGAACCAGGGUAGCUGGUACUCUAAACUUCACCCAAUUUGCAGUCCUGCUAGUAUUGGCUUGGCUUUUAUGAAGCUACCUGGGCUUGAAAGAAUGGAGAUCUCAAACUGCAAUGUAAAGAUAGGUGAAAACAAGUUUAUAAAUGAACAAUCAAUGAACACAGUAAGAUACCCAAAACAGCAGUUGGUGAGUGGCAUGACCAAUGUUAUGCAAGGCCAGAAAAAGAUUGGUCUCAGCAACUCUCAAGCUGGGAAAACUGCUCUGGAUGGUUAUGUGGGCCAAGAUGUUUAUCAUCCGCAGCAACCCACAGUGCGGUUGAUGGGUAAGACAGUCUCAGUUUGUAAGCAUAGCAAUGAUCAUAAUGUAUCAACCACGGGGAAAGAGUGUCAUGAAAAUAUUACCAUUCAAGAAAACCACUGCGCCACAAUCUCAUGUCAGUUUCCCCAGAAGAGAUUGUUCCCUUGUCAGGAUUCUGUGAUGCCAAGAGCACAUCUAAAUGGUUCUUCAGAUUUUUUGGCAAGAAUUCCCAACAAUACUGUGUCAGGGCAAAAGACUACUUUCAAUGGCCUCCAUAACAAAAGGCAACCAAUAAAUAGUGCUUCUUCAACCAUAAAACAUUGCACUUGGAAUUUUGGAACUCAGUUUGUUCGUCAAGCUGAACUUAACAAGGCAUCCAUGGUCAGUGCCAACUCUGAGACCAGGCAUCUAGAACUACAUCAACCGUCUUAUAUGAUAAGCAUUCCUCAGAAUCAACAGUUUCAUUUGUGCACUCCUGCAUCACACAUGAGUAGAGAAGAUCGCAAUUUUGUGGGUCCAGCAGUGAACCAAUCUUCUCCCAUUCCACAAGGGUUGCUAAAUGCGAGCAUGAAGGAAAAGUAUCAGAAAUCCACUUUGCUGUCUUACGGCGAUCCUAGUUCUGUGCCUAUUCGCCAACCCUACCAGAUACCUGGAACAAAGUUAUCUUCUGCAUCCAUCAUAUCCUUUUUUGACUAUGGCGUGAAUGAUUCUUUCUCCAGAAACUCUUCUCCUGGACUGUGUCCUCUUACAGCUAGUUUGGCAAAUAAAUCUGUUUCAACAGUUGGACCAACUUCUACGGGCAGUCUUACAAAUACAGAUGUUAGGAAGGGUGCUGGUUUUGCUGAUCAAAUAAAUAAUAGACCUGCUUAUGCAGAUAAUGUUUCACAGCAACCUGCAAAGAGACAACUUAUUACAGAUAGACAAGAUUUUAUGUCUAUGGGCCCAAACAUGAUAAACCAUUCACUUGGCUGGUCACUUAAUGACGCAGUUGGUCCUCGGAUACUUGAUUUUAGUAAUAGAGUAGCAGGAGAUGCCGUGCAAAUAUCAAGAAAUGAAAACAACAUUUUAAUGGCCAGUUCGGGUCAAGUUCCAGCUGUUGAAACAAUGUCGAGGGCUGGGUUGGUUGCAGGAGCUAAAACCAUGUUGAAGCCAGGUCAAAACCUGAAUGAUCAUUCCAAACUGCUAUACUCCACUGCAUUUUCAGUGGAUAAUGAUAUUAGUUCAGUUGUAUUAUAGUGGAAAGCAAGAAGAAAUAAUCAGGUGUCCUCGUUCAACUUAUAGUUUGGAUUUUUUUUUGGUAUUUGAAUGGUCAGCAUGAAUAGCUGCCAUCCCAGAAAAGUUGUAAGAGAUCCAUAUUUCUGAACACGUUAGUUUAGCAAUUAAUGGGUUACUUUUAUUCUUGUAAUUUUCCCAGUCAAAUGUGCAAGAUUAUUUGAUUGUUUGAUUA